AGAGCGCGCCCGGCCCGCCGCCCGUUCCCCCCCGCCGCGCCUCACCCCAGCCCCCUGCCUCCCUCCCCCGCCCCUUUAAUACUUGCCCGCUGCCGCCGCCGACGACUCCGCGGACAUGUCCUUCCCGCAGCUGGGCUACCCGCAAUACCUGAGCGCCGCAGGGCCUGGCGCCUAUGGCGGAGAGCGCCCGGGCGUGCUGGCCGCCGCCGCGGCGGCAGCCGCCGCCGCCUCGUCGGGCCGGCCCGGUGCGGCGGACCUGGGCGCGGGCGCCGGUGCAGCGGCGGUCACCUCGGUGCUGGGCAUGUACGCGGCGGCCGGACCUUAUGCGGGAGCGCCCAACUACAGCGCCUUUCUGCCCUACGCCGCGGAUCUCAGCCUCUUCUCGCAGAUGGGCUCACAGUAUGAACUCAAGGACAACCCCGGGGUGCACCCUGCCACCUUUGCUGCCCACACGGCUCCGGCCUAUUAUCCCUAUGGCCAGUUCCAGUACGGGGAUCCCGGGCGGCCCAAGAACGCCACGCGCGAGAGCACCAGCACGCUCAAGGCCUGGCUCAACGAGCACCGCAAGAACCCCUACCCCACCAAGGGCGAGAAGAUCAUGCUGGCCAUCAUCACCAAGAUGACCCUCACGCAGGUCUCCACCUGGUUCGCCAACGCGCGCCGGCGCCUCAAGAAAGAGAACAAGGUGACCUGGGGCGCACGCAGCAAGGACCAGGAGGACGGCGCCCUUUUCGGAAGCGACACGGAGGGCGACCCCGAGAAGGCCGAGGAUGAUGAGGAGAUCGAUCUGGAAAGCAUCGACAUCGACAAGAUCGACGAGCACGAUGGUGACCAGAGCAAUGAGGACGAUGAGGACAAGGCCGAGGCCCCUCGAGCGCCCACAGUGCCCACCGCCCUCGCUCGGGACCAGGGAUCGCCGCUGGCAGCCGCGGACGCGCUCAAGACCCAAGGCUCGCCCCUGGGCCUGGCCAAGGAGGUCCCGGAGCCGGGCAGCACUCGCUUGCUGAGUCCGGGCGCAGCGGCGGGCGGCCUACAGGGUGCGCCUCACAGCAAACCCAAGAUCUGGUCGCUGGCCGAGACAGCCACCAGUCCCGACGGCGCGCCCAAGGCCUCGCCGCCGCCCUCCGGCCAUCCCAGCGCGCACGGGCCCCCUGCGGGCGCGCCGUUGCAACACCCUGCCUUUCUGCCCAGCCACGGACUGUACACCUGCCACAUCGGCAAAUUCUCCAACUGGACCAACGGGGCCUUCCUGGCGCAGGGCUCGCUGCUCAACAUGCGCUCCUUUCUGGGCGUCGGCACGCCCCACGCUGCGCCCCACGGCCCCCAUCUGCCAGCGCCGCCGCCACCGCCCGUCGCUGUAGCCUCGGGGAUGCUCCAUGGCGACAAGGCCUCCUCCCGCAGCAGCCCGGCGCUCCCAGAGAGAGACAUUGUCCCCAGGCCGGACUCGCCGCCACAGCAGUUAAAGUCGCCCUUCCAGCCGGUGCGCGACAACUCGCUGGCCCCACAGGAGGGAACGCCUCGGAUCCUAGCAGCCCUCCCGUCCGCCUGAUUCAGGGUCUUCUUUUAGUUUUGCGGGGGGAGGGGGGAGGAGUUUGGGAGGGAGGGGAUGAGGGAGGAAUUAAGACAAAUAUUUCAGACUGGUGUAAAGAACAAACAUGGCAACGACGUCAAAUGACUCCCGUCCAUCGCUUUCUGCAGAAAGGGGCUCGUCCCCGCCGAGCUCGCUGGAGUUCAGACAGCUGGCCUCCGCCUGCGACUGGGCUCUGGUGGCUGUCACCAGGCUCUGGUUGAUUAUCGGCUGGGUAAAUGCCCCCACGUGCUUGUGUCUUUUUUUUUUUUUCCUUUCUUUCUGUAUAUAGAGUGAUUUCAGAUUGUAAAUAGCGCGUCAGCGAACUUGUCUAAAUCAUAUAUUUUUGUCUAAUAAACUAAAUGAAAUGAA